UGUGUUUUCUCUUUUCUCUUCGUCUGUGGUCUUUGUCCUACACAAGUUCUCUUUACUCCGCUUAUGUCUUUCAUGCUUUGUGUGUGUUUGUGUGCAUAUGUUCGUGCACCCAUACGUCCAUAUGUCCCAUGUUCUCUCUGUCUCCCCCUCUCUCUUGCCAUCUCCCACUAGUCUUUCUGGUUUAACAGAAAAACUGAUAAGUAUAGAAUACCUACAGAGGUUAGAGAGUGUGGUUCGAGCACAACGAGACAAACACCCAUAGUGUGUCGAUGGCACCAGUCAGAUGAUCUGCAGUGCAGUGGACAGCCCCCGUAAGGGGAACUGUACUUUCCGCUCUUACUAUGCUGUGUGUGGUGUUGCCUCAUCUGGUGACAUCGGAAUCAUGUGAGCAGCGUGAAUAUAAUAUGAUCUGGCCAUUGUCAGAUGAGACACUUCAGGGGAUACCUCUCUUUCUCACAAAACUUGUCAGUGUUAGAGCAGAGGACCGGAGACUAAAGACAGAUCUCUCUAGACAGACAUGGAUUUGGACCUGGGAGGGAUAUUUCUAGAGAAUAGCACCUAUAACUACGAUGAGGACUAUGUUUAUAAAGAGGAAUGCUCCCCUGAAGAUGGCGUUGGGGUGCGUUUUGGCACGGUGUUCCUCCCGAUGCUCUACUCUCUGACACUGGUCCUGGGGCUAGUGGGUAACGUGCUGGUCCUGGUGGUUCUGGUCCAGAAGAGGCGGAGCUGGAGCGUGACGGACACCUUCAUCCUGCACCUGGGCUUGGCCGACACUCUGCUGCUGGUCACGCUGCCCCUGUGGGCUGUUCAGGCCACUAGGGAAUGGAGCUUCGGGACCCCCCUCUGCAAGAUCACUGGAGCUAUAUUCACAAUCAACUUUUACUGUAGCAUCUUCCUGCUGGCCUGCAUCAGUCUGGACCGCUACCUGUCCGUGGUCCACGCAGUCCAGAUGUACUCUCGCAGGAAGCCCUGGAUGGUGCAGGCCAGCUGCCUGUCCGUGUGGCUUCUCUCCAUCCUCCUCUCCAUCCCCGACUGGCACUUCCUGGAGUCUGUGAGGGACACCAGACGAGACAAACAGGAGUGUGUCCACAACUACCCGUCUCUCUCCCAGUCUGGGUUUGACUGGCGUCUUGCCUCCCGCCUGCUCUACCACACGGUGGGCUUCCUCCUCCCAUCUGUCAUGCUGCUCUUCUGCUACUCCUGCAUCCUGCUGCGGCUGCAGCGCGGCUCCGUUGGCCUCCAGAAGCAGAGGGCUGUCCAGGUCAUCCUGGUGUUGGUGCUGGUCUUUUUCCUCUGCUGGACGCCCUACAACAUCACCCUAAUGGUGGGCACCUUUCAGGGGAGACCUGGGGAGCCUGUUUCUGGGUCCUAUGAGAAUGGGAGGACAGCUCUGGAGAACAGUCUGGUGGUUACGUUCGCUCUAGCCUGCCUGCACGCUUGCCUCAACCCAGUGCUCCAUCUCGGCCUGUGUAGAAACUUCCGGCGACACGUGCUGGAUAUGAUGAGGUGUGUUGAGGGGGUGCAGAACGAUCCGAAACUCUCACUGUGGGAUUCAGGUGUGGUUGAAGACUCACCUGACCUAGCAGAGGAGAAGGGGACGUUGAACCCAAUAACAACCAUGGGACAGGUACAGUCCACCCAGAGCUGAUGGGUAGGAAGAGGAUCCUAAUGACUAAUAUUGUAUGUCUUCCUGCCUUGAGGGGAAGUUGAUAUAUGGGUCAUGGGUCUGGGGAUUGGUGGAUGACCAUAACCUGUGUCAUGAGAGAAAGACAUGCAUUGUAGAAAGCCCCGUAUGAGGACUGCUUUCUUUGAAUUGCACUUUAAUGGAAAACGCUCAGACUAAAUGUAUAUUUGUAUAAAGUCAGUCGGUUGUCUGAUCUUCACGUUUUGUUUUACCUAUCGAUGUCGUCCGGCUCUGUAGAAUCUGUUGGAAAGAUUCAUACAAUAAUUAUUCAAACCUACAAACUUUUAUUUGGCUCUAUACUCCAGCAUUUUGGAUUUGAGAUCAAAUGUUUUAUAUUAGGCGAUGGUACAGCAUGUCACCUUUAUUUGAGGGUGUUUUCAUACGUAUCUGUUUUACUGUUUAGAAAUGAAUGCACUUUAUGUAUCUAGUCCCCCUAUUAGAAGGUGUCAUAAGUAUUUGGACAAAUUCACUUUAGUGUAUUACAUUUUGUCAAAAGUUUAGUAUUUGGUCCCAUAAUUCUAGCACACAAUGACUACAUCAAGCAUGUGACUCUAGAAACUUGUUGGAUGCAUUUGCAGUUUGUUUUGGUUUUGUUUCAGAUUAUGUUGUGCCCAGUAGAAUUUCAUGAUAAAUAUUGUAUUGUGUCAUUCUGCAGUCACUUUUAUUAUAAAUCAGAAUAGAAUGUGUUUUCUUCUAUAUUAAAGUGGCUACCAUGAUUACAGAUAAUCCUGAAUCAAUCGUGAUUAAUGAUGAGUAACAAAGUUAGAUGCACAAAGAUCAUGCCCCCAAGACAUGCUAACCUCUCACCAUUACCAAUAACGGGAGCAUAGGAUUUUCUUAGGAAUAUGAUAUUUAUAUAUCUGUAACUUUCUCACUCAAUAUUAUUCACGAUUCAUUCAUAAUUAUCUGUAUGAAGAAAUCCCAAACUUUUCUCACGUAAUAUUAAAGUUUUAGUAGGACUUGUGUAUGUUACUGUUCUAUUGUGUAACUAUAAUGUUAUAUUUUCCAAUUAUAUACUGUUAUUUUAUUUUUCCAUUACUGUAUAUAAUUAAUAAAUAAGAGUAUGUUUACCUUUUUACAACAA